AGUCCCAGUCAGUACCAACCGCGAACGUACACGGACCACGCGUCUCCGCAGCCCGCGACCGCGUAAACCUUUACGAGAACUUCGAAAACUUUUAAAAACCAUAAAACAGUUAAUCUUUUACGCCUGACGUGUGUGUUUCGUAUACAAUUGAGUACACAACCAGUUGUUAUCUAUAGAACAUUUCACUAUCGCCGAAAAAACGGACGAUUCACUAAAGUAUCAUUUGUUUUGAUUAAGAAACGUCGGGUACAUUUUGCCGGUCAUCUAUUUACAGAAACCUGGGUGCGGCCCUUUACUUCUGCUUUGGAGUGAGCAGCUGGGCGCGCGGGCGCUGGCGGCGGGAGUGGUGGCGCGGCGGCGGCGUGGCGAGCGCGCGCGGCUGUAAGCGCUCGCCGACGCCCGCGCCGUCGCCGGACCAUGCGCGCGCGCGCAGUCCGCUCGCGCCGCGUCGCCCGACCGCGCGCACCAUGCUCAACAUGAAACUGAAGGAGCGCCUCGCGCUCGCCAUCAGCGCCUUCCUCGUACUCUUCACGCUGAUGCUCGUCGUCGACCUCCAGAUGGACUAUGGCAUCUCCGGCCACCGCGUCCCGCUCCACGGCCGCGUCCGGAUGGCCGACGACAACGACAAGGGCCGCUCUGCGUACAUUGAAUUCAGGAAGAGAUUCCUGCAAAAAAGUAGCAACGGCAGCAACGGUUCGCGAGAGUACGAGCAGUCAGCUCCAAGCGAGACCAGCGGGGUCGAUGACCUGCGCACCCCCGCACCCCCCGCCGACAAGUACGAAGACCUGCAGCGGCUGCUCUUCGCCCAGCUCGAGGGUAAAGGAGAGAGCGCAGUCAUCAUCCCACCCACAAGGGACUUGAAUAUACUCCGGCCUGAGAAUCCUACUAUAGGGGAGAUGGAGGACUUGGAACCCAGUGUGAACGCGUCCAACCUGGAGAAGUUCCAGCUGAAGAUAGCUCAGCACGAGCUGUACGAGGACGGGGAGCCGCUAGUGGACGCCGUGCUUAAGGACAUGGCCACGCUGCCCAUACUUCAUGCUGAGCAAAAAGAAGGCGGAACUCAGCUGAAGCUCAUAAUUGACUAUCCGAAUGGCAUACAAGCGCUUUUCAAACCUAUGAGGUUUCCCCGAGAUGUUCAAACGUUACCGAACCACUUCUAUUUCUCGGAUUACGAACGACACUAUGCUGAAAUAGCUGCUUUUCACCUUGACAGAAUCCUUGGUUUCCGUAGAGCGAUGCCCGUGGUGGGGCGAGUUCUGAACAUGACGACAGAGAUCUAUGACGUCACGGAAGGUGACAUCCUGAAGACCUUCUUCGUGUCUCCAGCUAACAACUUCUGCUUCCACGGCAAAUGUUCCUACUACUGCGACACGGGACACGCUAUCUGUGGCAACCCUGAUAUGCUGGAAGGCAGUUUUGCCGCGUUCCUCCCUUCUAGUGACUUAGCUGAACGAAAGGUGUGGCGACAUCCGUGGAGAAGAUCGUACCACAAGCGACGGAAAGCGCAGUGGGAAUUGCAGUCUGACUACUGUGAUGGGGUCCGCGUGACUCCACCGUACGAUUCCGGGCGACGUCUGCUCGACCUCAUGGACAUGUCCAUCUUCGACUUCCUCACCGGGAACAUGGACCGGCACCACUAUGAAACAUUCAAAAUGUUCGGCAAUGAGUCAUUCACGUUGCACCUGGACCAGGGCCGAGCCUUCGGCAAGGCGUUCCACGACGAGCUGAGCAUCCUCGCGCCAUUGUUGCAAUGCUGUAUGGUCAGGCACACCACUGUCAGCAUCCUGCUCAAGUAUCAUAAUGACAUACCUCUAUCGAAAGCCUUGCGCGAGGCAAUGAAAGUGGACCCAGUAUCGCCGAUCCUGUGGGAGCCGCACUUGGCAGCGCUGGACCGACGGAUCGUGAUCAUCCUCGACGCCAUCAGGAAGUGCAUCGAGAAGGCCGACAACCCCUUACAGAACGAGGUCAACGACUUCGUAUGACCGCCGCCGCCAGCCCAGCGCGACCUGACGACAGUUCAAGUGAUAUCAUGUGAUAGCAGUGGUACAAGGGAAGGUGCAAUGAAAUGACUCACUAGUCGACUCCCGUAUUUCCUACCCGUGACUUAAGACAAUCCUAGUGCACAAGGACUCAAUCAAUGCAACGCACGAUUGUCAACGUCUUUGGUUUUACCUAUAAGACUUUAUUAGACGUAAGAUUUUGGUGCCAAAGAUCGUCCAAAUAUUGUUGAGCAUAAUUAUAAAAUCAUUCCACUGAAUUUUGAUGAUGAGCCAUUGUAUGCCAAAUGAAGAAAACGUGUCUACAGUCCGUUAUAUCGUAAUGAACUAACUGUAGUUCGAGUAAGCAUCAAUAGUCCGAAUUGUGCAUCAAUAUUCGUUAAACAUAACGAUGAAUUUGUAGAUAUUUUAGAAUAUUUUUUGUGUAUAUUUUGGGAAAUAAUUUAAUAUAUGGAUCAAGUCUGAGACUUACUUUAUAUGGAUGUGCAAUUAAUGCUGUACAUAAAUGUGGAUGCAGUUUUGCUAUAGUUUUAAGAAUAAUUUUAGUUGAGAUUUGCUACUUUACUACCUUUUGUUAUGAAAUCUGUUACCAUGGCGCGAAGCUCAAGAAGACACAUAUCGUUAAUAAGCUUUUCUAAAUCGUGUGUGAUAUGUUCGCAGACAACGUCUGGUUUUAUUUUGUAAGGUGUAUUAUUUAGGUUAUAAUCGAGGCUACAAUCGGCAAUGCGAGCAGUCGGCGCACUGUUGCUAGCUGCUCUUUCCUGACAUAUCUAUUCUAAUGCUUCUGCCAUAUCAUCAAACAUAUCAUUAGACACGUCUCGCUAAAAUGUAAUUUCGCUUUGUCUCGAGGCUGAUCUCACGACGGUAUUUAUUUCACUUAUCACAUUAACUAAGCCAUUUAUAUCAGUGUAUUUAUGUAUAUUUGUUCUCAUCGCGUUGCAGAUUAUAAAGACGUUUUCCCUUCUUAGUUUUUACCUUGCAGCUCAGCUUUUAGGUUGAUUAAAAAGGUCUCUUUAGUUAAUUAGAGUGAUAGAAAAGCUGGCAGUUCGUCUCACCUAUAUUUAUUUAAUACACGCCGGUUUUUAUAGUUAGGUUCGUGAAGUAUGAUUGUUAUUACUUGUGUAUAAGAGGGUCGACUUGCCAAAGAAGUACCUAAAGUUAUGCUGAUGUAAAAUGUUGUAUAGAUGAUGCGGUGAUAAUGGACGAGUGAAACUGUUGACUGUUUAUAAAUUAAAGUUAAAUGUUUCAAGGAA